AUGACAGUCCAGCCUCCGAUGCACUGGGAGCACCAUCCCCAUAAUCCAUUCAACUGGCCGCGUUGGAAGAAAUGGAUGUCCAUGCUAACAUCAUGCUGGGUUACCUUCAUUGUCGGGUUGAACGCCACGUCUAUCACCACCGCAGCCGACGCAAUAUCAUCCGAAUUUCAUUUAGCCAAUGAAAUAUUUGAGUAUAACUUCUUUGCUGUUACGGCGUGGAACGCUGCGGCGGCAUUUGUUCCGCUAGCGACUCUCCCAUUAAUGGAGACGUAUGGCAUGAAGUUUGGCUUUUUGGUGGCAUAUGGUCUCUUUACGAUUUUUCUGAUCCCGCAGGCCUUGGCCCAAAAUUUCGCCACGCUUGUCGUUUGCCGGGCUAUUGCUGGGGCUUUCGGAGGAACUUUGCAGAAUUGCGCAGAUGGAAUAGCGUCGAACCUGUUCUUGCAUCAUCGAGAGCGGGUCUUUCCUUUAACCUUGUAUACAUUCACCUUGUUGUUCGGGGUGACAAUGGGCCCUGUUUUGGGGGCUAUUGUGGAGCCAUUAGGGUGGCGAUGGAUAUUCUGGAUUGAACUGAUUAUAUACGGCGCAUUCGCUCCGGUUGUUCUGUUUUGUAUGAAGGAAACCCGAGGCCCCUUACUUCGUUUGAAGUUUAUGCCUAACGAGGCUUCGCCGGUGGUGUCAUCGGACGACAGCGAGACCCUGGCAACGUUUAAGGAAACUAUAGCUCGAUCAGCUGUUCUUCUCACAACAGAGCCAACCAUCACCUCUUUUACAUUAUGGUCCGCAUUUGCAUUUGGCCUGGUAUUCAUUUCCACCCAAUCAAUCCCCCUUGUGUUCAGUGACACUUAUGGCUGGCCAUCGUACACCGACGGCGUAGUCCAGGCUGCUAUAGGCAUUGGUCAAGUCAUUGGCCUCCUCGCAUGCACGCUACAAAACCGAGUCUACACCCGAAGUGCUUCACACAACCCGGAUAGUCCCGGAAUCCCUAUCCCUGAGUAUAUCCUGCAUCUUUCCAUUCCAAGCACAGCCCUUGCGCUAGCGGGUGGCCUCUUCAUGUACGGUUGGGGUAUCUACCAGUCGCACUGGAUUGUACUUGCCGUGGCCCUGGCUCUGAUCGGCUAUGCAAGCAUGGUCAUUGUCACCGCGGUUAGUAUUUAUAUCACAGAUUCCUAUGCCGGAUAUGCGGCCAGUGCUAUUGCAGCUGUCGCAUUUGGAGAGAACAUCUUCGCGGCAUUCUUGCCACUAGCAGCCAAGCCAAUGUAUGUUCGGUUGGGUUAUCAGUGGGCGAGCAGUCUACUAGCGUUUGUGGCGCUGGCACUGACUCUAGCACCUGUGAUUUUACUAUGGAAAGGAAGAACCAUCCGAGCGAAGAGUGUCGCAAUCAAGAAGAUGUCGCAUUCCCACUCUUAA